AACUUCCAUUUUUACAAGGUCAAUAUGGCAGCCGGCGUUGGAAACCUUGAUACUUUUUUUUUAUGUAUUUUACAUAUUUUUUAGGAGGACGUUCAGAAGGAAUGCCUCAUAUAUAUAUUAGUAUGUGACUUGCUGAAAUAAUUAAUCAAGCUUUGAAUAAUAAGGUGUGUGGAGGGAUGCCCGAACGUGAUGGCGACGAGCUGAUAUGCGAUGGAUGCUACGGUUUGAUUGAUAAAUCGAUAAGUCUCGAAACUUCGCUCAGCUCCAUUUUUAAAGAGCCUUUUAGGGAGCCGAUAUCAAGCACCAACACUAAUGCUACCUCUACAAUCGACUGUCCCACCUGCAAAGACGAACAUCGUCCAGAUGGUGCCCAUAAGUGUAUCGUUUGCAAGAUGGCAGUUCAUGCACUCAGUCAAUGUUCUGAACCGUAUGGCGCUGAAGAAGGAUUGGGGCAAGUGCGAAUAUGUAAAAAAUGCGUUCAAAGUUAAAAUAUUGAUCAUAUUCUGCAGUCGAGGAUUCAAGAAAAUUGGCAAACUCAAUGCCUAAAAAGCAUCACGAGAAAGCAAAGCGUAACUUGUACUUGCAAGACACGUUUCCAUUAAGAAAAUUGGAAGAAAAGGCAGUCCUUACAAAACUCCCUAUUAUAAGAAAUGGAAGCGGUAAAAGCUUGCGUGCGGUUAAGUUCAACAAGGAAAACAUUGAUGUUGUUCACACAUGUGCCUUUGAUGCCCUUUUUCAAUUAUUUCUCGCCGCAUCGUAUGACUUGCACAUUUUACGAAAACAUUGUUGCAAAAUAUGCACAAAACCGUUUAUUUUUUAAACUUAUACAGGAAACAAUGGUAAACAAAAUUACUUCCGAUGCAUAUAAAUUGCGUCAACAAAUUUGAACUAAGCUGUUUCCCCAAAAAAAUCAACACGAUUUCAAAGUGCUCCGUAGUUGAUUGCAGCACCACAGCAACAGCGCUAUGUAAGAAGAUGUUAGACUUUGUUCCGUGUAAUACGGAAACGAAAAUAUGUACUCGGGCAUGUAAACAAAAAAAAAAACAACAAACACAAUAUUGAUGGUCCCAGACAAAUGCUUACUUGCUAAUAACGAAAUAGGCUA